UCGGAAUCUUGGAACCCGCGCGAUGAAGAGAGCGUUUGUGACCGUCGGGACCACCAGUUUCGACGAGCUCGUCGCUCGGGUGGUCGCUAGCGAUUGCGUUCAGAUCCUCAAGAGUCUGGGUUACAACCAACUUGUCCUCCAAAUUGGUAGAGGCACUGUGGUGCCCGAGCCAUUCAGUACUGAGUCAUUCACUCUGGAUGUUUACAGGUAUAAGGAUUCUUUGAAAGAAGACCUUCAGCAAGCUGAUCUUGUCAUUAGCCACGCAGGUGCAGGAAGCUGUUUGGAGAGUCUGGAAAAAGGCAAACCACUUGUGGUAGUUGUAAAUGAAAAGUUAAUGAACAAUCAUCAGUUUGAACUGGCAAAGCAGUUGCACAAAGAAGGCCAUCUCUUCUACUGUACCUGCAGGUAUACUAGCUGUCCUGCGCCAGUCAGCCUCUUGCUUGUGCUUCUGGGAAGUGCCAAGAUUCUGCAGCAACUGCCUUCUGCCUAGACCUUGAGCUGCUUCGGAUACCUGCCUACACAAGCUCCAGUACUUGUGGCCACUGCCUUUUCCCUGCCUUCUGUGUUUUCCUCUUUUCCACCCCUCUGUACCUUUCUCGUCAUCCCGUGCACAAUGCAUAAAGGAUGGAAAAAGUUCUGCGGCCAGAAGUCUUUGAAUGAGGCAUCAAUGGAUGAAUAUUUAGGCAGUUUAGGGCUGUUUCGAAAGAUGGUUGCCAAGGAUGCCUCUUGCCUCUUUCGUGCUAUUUCCGAGCAGUUGUUUCACAGCCAGAUCCAUCAUUUACAGAUCAGGAGAGCUUGUGUCUCAUAUAUGAAGGAAAAUCAACAAGCUUUUGAGUCUUAUGUGGAGGGAUCUUUUGAGAAAUAUCUGGAACGGUUGGGAGAUCCCAAGGAGAGUGCUGGCCAGCUGGAACUAAAAGCUCUUUCUCUAAUUUAUAAAAUUUGUGGCUGUUUAAAAGGAAGGCAGAUUACUCUCUGUUAUUCAAAUAAUGGCCAUUAUGAUUCUGUAUAUUCAAAAGAAUUUCAGUCAACUGCAGGAAUUUGUCAAGCUAUAUUAUAUGAACUUCUUUAUAAAGAUGUAUUUGUUGUGGAUGAAGAAACAUUGAAAACUGCAGUCGAUUUGUUUCGAAGUGGUUCCAGGAGAAACAGACACCAUGCUUUGACUGCAAGUGUAGAAGGCAGUACUGAUCAGAAGAGUUCAACCCAAGAUAGAACUGAAGAGGCUGGUGCCUGUUCCAGUGUUGCAAGUACACCAGAAGGCAAUAAGCAAGGAACAGAAAAACCAAAGGUUCUAGAAAGUCCAUCAAAGAUGCUGUUUCCCUAUAAGGUGCUGAAAGCUCUGGAUCCAGAAAUCUAUCGAAAUGUGGAAUUUGAUGCUUGGUUGGACACUAGAAAAGAACUUCAAAAAUCAGAGUGUGUGGAGUAUGGUGGAAGAUUUUACUUUUUAGGAGACAAAUGUCUGGUUUGCAUGGAAUCAGGUGGAAAAUAUUAUAAUGGUCACAUUCAGGAAAUUGAUAAUGAUAAAAAUUCAGUAGUAGUUUUCAUUGAGGAAUUUGCAGAAAGGCAUUCAAUUCCGCUGGCCCAUGUAAAACCAGUCAACCAAGUGGCACUUCUUCCUUCCUGGAAUGCCCUACCAAUUCGUAAUGGAAGAGGUUAUCCGACUGUAACUGGAGGCUAUUUCCCUGAAAUAGUUAUGACAGAUAUGAACAUGAAGCAACGAAAGAAGAUGUUCAAGAAAUUUCGAGGGAAAGAGAUUUGUAUGACCAUGGCUUAUAGCAGGGGGGACCCCCUUGUCCCAUCUAGGAUUCAGCACAGCAUGCAUUAUGCUCACGACCCUCUGCUGUACUACUCUCAGACAGCUGGCCAGAUUCUGGCUAGUCAACACUUUUACCCUCAACAUUCAGCUCAAAGACAAGGUCGAGGAUAUGGGAUGCCCAGGGAUACGUCUCACUUGAUAAACAAGCAAAACUUGCCAAAUCCUAAAGUUGGGUUUUGCUCUGGCACAGGCAGAAAGUGCUGCCAGAGCUAUGAUAAUGUCUCCUAUAGGUCUCGUUCUUUUAGGCGUAGCCAUCGUCAGAUGCAUUGCAUGAAUAAGGGAUGCCAAUACGGUUUUGCUCCAGAGAAUGGAGUGGAAGAAACUGUUACAUUUUAUGCACUUGAAGAAGGGAAUGAGACUGCUUAUUCAACUUUACCUAACAAUGGUGGUCCCACUACAAUGGUUCCUGCUACUUCAGGAUACUGUGUUGCAAGGCAGGGCUAUAACUCAUGCAAACCACCUUUGAAUUCCAGAGACAGUAAUGACCACUGUGAUAAUGGAGGGUAUCAUGGAGAUUAUCUUUAUUCUUCAGAACAAGGCUAUGAUACUUCCAGUGUGUAUACUACAACUGUAUCUACAGCAAACCUGACUCUUCAGGACAGUGGACCAUGUUCUGUGCCUCAAGACACAGUUAACUCAUACAACUACCCCCAGAAGGUGUUAGAAAAUUCUGCAGCUAUUGCAGUUUCUUGGGCGAGCCAUGUUCCAGUUCCAGUCAUAUCGAACUGUGCAGGAGAUAAUCAAGCUAUUAGUACCUCUGAUGUUUCUUCACAGAAUGCCGUACAACCUGUCUUCGUACCUCCACCUGCACAAGAUAGUCCAGCCUAUGUUCAGCCUUCAGCAGCGGCAGCAGGAGCAGCAGCAACACCACCACCUCCAUCAGUGGCAACACCAGUGGCAGCACCACUACCACCUCCUCCUCCACUUCCUCCUCCUCCUGCUACUCUUCUUGAAGCAGGAGAUGCUUCGGGGUUUCCUCUUCCACCACCACCACCGCCUUAUUCCUAUGAUCCCAGUGGAAGUGAUCUGCCCCAAGAUACAAAAGUUUUGCAGUACUAUUUCAAUCUAGGAUUACAGUGCUAUCAUCACAACUACUGGCAGUCCAUGGUUUAUAUGCCACAUGUGCAGCAGCUGCAGUUGCAGCCGCAGCCACAGCAGCUGCCGCAACAACAGCAGCCACAGCAGCAGCAGCAGCAGCAGCAAGAACAGGUUCAUGGAGAGAAUUAUCCAGAUUGUACUGAGCAACCCCUCGUAGACCAAAGUGUUUCUCAGGUGUACAGUGAUGUGGAGAGAGAGGAUGGCACACAGGCAGAUGUAUCAACAAAUGAUACUUUUCCCAUUGCUGAUGCUGUACCUAUCCCUCACGGAGCAGUCUACUACCCAGUAAUGACAGAGCCCUAUGGAUCGCCUUUGUCGGGUUUUGAUUCCUAUGUUCCUGUUGCAUCAGAUUAUUCCAGUGUUGCCAUGUGGCAUCCAGUUGGUGCAGCAUAUGGUGCUCCUGCACAGAUCCAUGGUGCUAUGAAUCCCGGGCCAAUUGGCUAUAUGCUUCUCCCUAACUCACCUCAUUAUACACCUCAGAAUUAA